GUUAUUGCAGAAUGACCCUGCAUUAAGCAUUUGUGGAAGAAGCAAGAUUUAAACAUCAGUUUUUCAAUGUGCAUCCUUCUGUUCAAAUUUGACCCCCGACCAGUUUCAAAAAAUGCAUACAGGCUUAUUCUAGCAGCUAAUAGAGAUGAAUUUUACCACAGACCAUCCAAAUCGGCAGAGUUUUGGGACAGCAGCAAUGAGAUCCUUAGUGGUCUGGAUAUGGAGGAAGGAAAAGAAGGUGGGACGUGGCUGGGAAUAAGUAAGAAAGGCAAGCUGGCAGCCCUGACAAACUAUAUGCAGCCAAAGACUGAUCAAAAUGCAAAAGGAAGAGGUACCCUUGUGACAAACUUCUUAACUGGAGAUCUGGACAGCUACACUUACUUGAAGAAAGUCUCAGUAGAAGGACAUCUUUACAAUGGAUUUAAUUUAUUAGCAGCUGACUUGAAUACCACCAAAGGGGAUGUAAUUUGCUACUAUGGAAACAAAGGAGAACCAGAACCUGUUUUCCUAAAUGCUGGAAUAUAUGGAUUGAGUAAUUCUCUGUUGGAUACACCAUGGAAGAAACUUGAAUAUGGGAAGCAGCUUUUUACAGAGGUGGUCAAGAGAAGUCAAGACCUUACCAAAGAAGAAUUGGUGCAGGAGCUUCUCACAGUGAUGAAUAAUCAACAGCCUCAGUUACCAGACCCUGCGAUUGAAGAGCAAGGGAAGGAUUACAUACAACCUGUACUGAAUGAGUAUGCAGCUAUUUGUGUUCGUUGCCCAGGUUAUGGAACAAGGACUAACACGGUCCUUCUCAUCGAUUCCGAAGGAUGGGUUACUUUCACAGAGCGCAAUAUGAUCAGUGUAGAAGACAACCAGUGGAAAACAAGCACCUAUGAAUUCAAGCUGUACACUUAACUUUCCAUUUGAAUGAUAGAUGGAGAAAACCAUACAAACUGAAACCAGACCAGAAGUUGGAGACAUGGAGAAGGCCAUAUUUAAUUUAGCAGAGAACAGAUAUAAUGAAGAAAAUCCAUUACUUUGAAAGAUGUUCUGAAGAUUAUCUAACAGAAACUUGGAUGGAAAAGGCUAGUUUGCAAGGAGACAAAGAUGGAUGGUGGAGCUUUUAAGAUGUCCAAGCUACCAAAGGAAUAGUUACAGGCACUCUGAGACCUUUAUUCUAAACAUGAAGUUUUGUGUGGCCUGAUUAAGCUACUGUUUUAUAUAGGUAAAAUAAUAAUAGAUUUAUACAUUAUACCUAAACUUCUUAUAUCUACAUAUACUUGGUGGGGAAUUUGGAAUCAUCGCCAGAAUGGAAUAUCUGUUCUUAUAUAACUUGCAUUCAACCAUUCCAGAAUGGUCUCUCUACAUAGAGAAUUCUGUAAGGUAUAUCUAGAUAGUGUACUUUUAAAAGUGGUUGGAAGGUAAAGGUAAAAUAAACAGCAAGUAGGACUGCAGAGUCAAAUACUUGAUAAUGACUUCAGGGGAGGUAUAGGUUUAACAGGUGAGUAAACCAAAAUAACCUCCAUAUUCUGAAUAUCCUUCUAGAACAUUCAGUGUGUGUUUUAUUUCCAUCUAAUUCCGUGAUUUAUCUUAUUUUCUUUGUCUCUUUCUCAGCUCGAAUGAUCACAUUACUUAUUAAAACUGUAGUAUGUACAUUAUUAAGUAUUUGUCUCAACAGGCAAAACCUUGAUUUUUUUUCUUAAAAUGUUAGAAAGCCCACAUGAAGUCUUCAUCCCUCUCCUGAAGAGUCUGAGCAGAAAGCAGCAUACAUUGGUGUGAUCUUCUGAUCAUAAAUAACAACAAAACACCAAACCUGAAACCCCAAACUAUAACAGCAACAGCUGAUAAAGCUAUUACUGAAGCUAUGACUGUUAAACAGGUAUGGGACUUGAGUUCCUUUAGAUUAUUUUUGGAUAGCAUAGAAGCAGUUAUGAAAAUGAUUUAUGCAGCAUAACUUUAUGAGAAUGAGUAUGCAAUGUAAUGAUGCUGCUAUCUGCUUGGUCUCUGCAAUUAUUAUUAUGUAAUAUGAACUUAAAGAAUUUAAACAAAUGUGUAAGAUGGCCUUUACAUGAGCACUUGGAAGGGUAUUUAGUCCUCAUUUAAUUUGCUCUUAAUUAAUGGGACUUCAGCACAUUCUUAGUCAUUGUAUGCUUAAAUAUGCUUAGUCAAAUGUUCUAGAAUUGAGCUGGUUUUAUGAAGCUUUAUCUUACAAGCUUGUUCUUUUUGCGGCCUCUG